AUGGCGAUGGUUGCUCAACAUCAACAGCACAUGGAGACGACAAGCAGCAGCAGCAGCAUGAAACACCAGCUGGAUAACGGGAAAUACGUAAGGUAUACCGCCGAACAAGUUGAAGCUCUUGAAAGGGUUUAUUCAGAGUGCCCAAAGCCAAGUUCUCUGAGGAGACAACAAUUGAUCCGAGAAUGCCCUAUUUUAUCCAACAUAGAGCCCAAACAAAUCAAAGUUUGGUUUCAAAAUCGCAGAUGUCGGGAGAAGCAACGAAAAGAAGCAUCUCGUCUCCAGACAGUGAAUCGGAAACUGUCCGCCAUGAACAAGUUGUUGAUGGAAGAGAACGAUCGCCUGCAAAAACAGGUCUCUCAGCUUGUAUAUGAAAAUGGACAUAUGCGCCAACAGUUGCACACUGCUUCAGCUGUUACAGACGCAAGCUGUGAAUCUGUAGUUACCACCACCCCCCAGCAUUCUCUUCGAGAUGCUAAUAACCCAGCUGGACUCCUCUCGAUCGCAGAGGAAACUUUGGCAGAGUUCCUUUCGAAGGCUACAGGAACUGCUGUCGAUUGGGUCCAGAUGCCUGGGAUGAAGCCUGGUCCGGAUUCGGUUGGGAUCUUUGCCAUUUCACAGAGUUGCAGUGGAGUGGCAGCUAGAGCCUGCGGUCUUGUAAGCUUAGAGCCCACAAAGAUUGUGGAGAUCCUUAAAGACCGAACAUCUUGGUAUCGAGACUGUCGGAAUCUUGAAGUUUUGACAAUGUUACCCGCCGGAAACGGUGGAACUAUCGAACUUGUAUACACGCAGGUCUAUGCACCAACUACAUUAGCUCCCGCACGGGAUUUCUGGACUCUGAGAUACACUACAAGUUUAGACAACGGUAGUCUUGUGGUCUGCGAGAGGUCUCUUUCGGGUUCCGGUGGUGGCCCACAUGCUGCCCCAUCUGCCCAAUUUGUGAGAGCGGAAAUGCUGCCUAGUGGGUACUUAAUUCGGCCCUGUGAUGGUGGAGGUUCAAUUAUUCACAUAGUUGAUCACCUUAAUCUUGAAGCAUGGAGUGUGCCAGAAGUUUUGCGUCCACUUUAUGAAUCAUCCAAAGUUGUAGCACAGAAGUUGACAAUUGCAGCAUUGCGGUAUAUCAGACAAAUAGCCCAAGAGUCGAGUGGUGAAGUUGUUUAUGGACUCGGUAGGCAGCCUGCGGUUUUGCGUACCUUAAGUCAGAGAUUAAGCAGAGGUUUCAAUGAUGCGAUCAAUGGAUUCAAUGAUGACGGGUGGUCAUUAAUGAACUCUGAUGGUGCUGAGGAUGUGAUUGUCGCGAUUAAUUCAACCAAGAAUUCAAAUUCCCUCUCGUUUCUUGGAGGGGUUCUUUGUGCAAAGGCCUCCAUGCUGUUUCAAAAUGUACCUCCGGCUGUUUUGGUAAGGUUUUUACGGGAGCAUCGAUCGGAAUGGGCCGAUUUCAAUGUGGAUGCUUACUCUGCUGCUUCAGUGAAAGCUAGCCCGUAUGGGUAUCCCGGGAUGCGGCCCACGAGGUUUACCGGGUCCCAGAUUAUAAUGCCACUUGGCCAGACAAUUGAACAUGAAGAGAUGCUUGAAGUUAUUAGACUCGAAGGUCAUGCAGUUGGUCAAGAAGAUCCAUUUGUGUCAAGAGACAUUCAUCUCUUACAGCUAUGUAGUGGAGUCGAUGAGAAUGCAGUGGGAGCUUGUUCUGAACUUAUAUUUGCUCCAAUUGACGAGAUGUUUCCGGAUGAUGCGCCCCUUAUACCAUCCGGUUUCCGGAUCAUUCCGUUAGACCCGAAAUCAGGUGAUUUAAAGGAUGCAUUGGCGACAACGCAUCGGACCACCCUUGACUUGACUUCGAGUCUCGAGGUGGGCCCAUCAACGAACCAUGGCCCGGCCGAUACAUUGACCACAAGAUCGGUGUUGACCAUCGCGUUCCAGUUUCCUUUUGAGAAUAAUUUAUCUGACAGCGUGGCAACCAUGGCUCGCCAGUAUGUCAGAAGUGUCAUCAACUCUGUACAGAGGGUAGCCAUGGCGAUAUCUCCUACAGGAAUGAGUCCAUCACUGGGCCCUAAGGUAUCUCCUGGUUCACCCGAAGCAGUUACUCUAGCUCAAUGGAUCUGCCAUAGCUAUAUGUAUCAUUUGGGGUCGGAUUUGGUGAGUUCUGGUUCAGUUGCUGGGGAGUCGUUGUUGAAAGAUCUUUGGCAGCAUCAAGAUGCUAUUUUGUGCUGUUCGUUGAAGUCGCUUCCGGUUUUUAUAUUUGGGAACCAGGCGGGUUUAGACAUGUUGGAGACGAGUCUUGUGGCUUUGCAAGACAUCACAUUAGACAAAAUGUUUGAUGAUGCGGGUCGGAAGGCGCUAUUUCCAGAAUUUGCCAAGAUAAUGCAACAGGGUUUUGCGUAUUUACCUGGUGGGAUUUGUAUGUCGACAAUGGGGCGUCAUAUUUCAUAUGAACAAGCUAUCGCUUGGAAGGUUCUUGCAGCUGAUGAAUCGACGGUUCAUUGUCUUGCUUUCUCCUUUGUGAAUUGGUCGUUCGUGUGAGGCAACCAAUCAAUCACUUCCUGAGUUUGGUAUGUAAAGACGUGUUAAUUGGGGCGGGGGAAAGUGAUAUGAUGUUAUUUUUGUGUUGAAUUGGUGAUUUGCUUAAUUUAAUGCCGUUUCAGUUCCAGAUUUUAGUGUGAUCUCAUCUGGUUUUAGACUUUUAAUUUAUGAUCCAAAAUACUAUUUAGACAAGCCUACUAACUCAGACAUGUAGGGAUGGGCAACACGUUAAUCUGAGUUGGAGGCCUGAUAACGCCACCAUAACGGGCAGCACACCGUCCCCUAUUAUGUUAUUUGAUGUUAAGUUAAAAAAUGUUAUUAUGGUCACAAGAAGUAAUGUGAGUAUUAACCAAUCAAAAGCCACUCUUUCUCUCUCUCUCAACAUGUUAUAACGC